UUGGUUCCUGGUUUGGGGUCCCAGUGGAGAUCGCCUAAGGGAAUCAUGGACAUUGAGGCAUAUUUUGAAAGAAUUGGUUAUAAGAACUCCAGGCAUAAAACAGACUUGGAAACACUGACUGAUAUUUUUCAGCACCACAUCCGAGCCAUUCCCUUUGAAAACCUCAACAUUCAUUGUGGAGAAACCAUGGAGCUGGGCUUGGAGGCCACUUUUGAUCAGGUUGUGAGGAAGAAUCGGGGUGGGUGGUGUCUGCAGGUGAAUCUUCUCCUCCACUGGGUCCUGACCACGAUCGGUUUUGAGACCACAAUAUUAGGAGGGUAUGUUUACAACACUGCAGCCAACAGAUACAGCACUGGCAUGAUUCACCUCCUGCUGAAAGUGACCAUUGACAGCAGGAACUACAUCGUCGACACUGGGUUUGGAAGGUCUUACCAGAUGUGGCAGCCUCUGGAGUUAGUUUCUGGGAAGGAUCAGCCUCAGGUGCCUUGUGUCUUUCGCCUGACAGAAGAGAAUGGAAUCUGGUACCUGGACCAAAUCAGAAGAGAGCAGUGCAUUCCAAACCAGGACUUUCUAAAUUCUGAUCUCUUGGAAAAGAGAAAAUACCGCAAAAUCUACUCCUUUACUCUUGAACCUAGAACUAUAGAAGAUUUUGAAGCUAUGAAUACAUUCCUUCAGACCUCUCCAACAUCUGUAUUCACAAGCAAGUCCAUUUGUUCCUUGCAGACCUUAGAAGGGGUUCAUUGUUUGGUGGGCUUCACCCUCACCUACAGGAAAUUCAAUUAUAAGGACAAUAUGGAUCUGGUAGAAUUUAAGACACUGAAUGAGGAAGAAAUAGAAGAAGAGCUAAAAAGUAUAUUUAAUAUUUCCUUGGAGAAAAAGCUUGUGCCCAAAAAUGGUGAUCAGUUUUUUACCAUUUAGA